UAUAAGUAAAUAAUCUAUUUUAUAGUAUAAUUUCCUUACAUUUCUUUUGAUAUUAAAUUUUUGUAAUGUUAUGGAGACAAGGUGUCGACUUUGUGCAGAAUGUUCUACAGAUCAAUUACCUAUUUUGCAUGAUUUGGAAUUUCGUUUAAAAAUAUUUCAGUUAUUUCAAAUUAAAGUUUCAGUCGAAGAUAAUUUGCCUACAUCAGUAUGCCAGAUUUGUUAUGAUAUGGUAGGAAAAACAUGGGAGUUCAAUGAUCGCAUCCAAAAAGCACAAUCUCUAUUAACAGAUUUAGUAAAUAACAGCAGUGCCAUUUUAUUUCCAGCAGAACCAGUUCAGCCGCAGACAGUAUUAGAUACUCACUUAUUAAGUACACCAAAUGAAGUACCAGAACUUAGUUAUUUUGACUCGAAACCUCUUAUAAAAUGUGAUUUUAAUAUAGCUGAUGCAGAUAAUGACUUAUCCGAUACUUCGGAGAAAUCAGAACAUAAACGUAAAACUAUAAGAACAAAAAAUAAGAUACGAAAAUAUCCGAAAAAGAAAAAUAUUAAAUUAUUUGAAUCUAUUGAUUUAGAUGAUACGGAAUUUGACUUGAAUGAUGAUGGAAGCAUAAUACCAAAAAAUGAGUUACUUGGAUGGGAUACAUAUCCCUGGACUUGUUGUGACUGCCAAGUAACUUUUUCUUUAUCAGAUGAUCUUAAAGAACAUUAUUCAACAACCCAUAAUUCUACAAGUCGUUAUCUUUGUGCAGAUUGCUCCAAAGUAUAUUCAAAAUAUAGUACUUUCUUAGCGCAUGUUAGAGUUCAUCGAAUGAAAUUACGGUUUUGUUGUGAUGUGUGCUACAGAUGGUUUCCAACAGUUGCAGCCCAAGAACAGCAUCGAUCUCGCCAUGGAGAUGACAGACCUCAUGCUUGUAAUACUUGUGGAAAGAGAUUUAGAAUGCAGUCAGCUUUAAUGGUAUCAAAUUUGGCAAUAUAUUAUAUUUUCCAUAGCUACUUUUUUCGUAUUGGAAUGUAGGGUCAUUCGAUCCACAUUCGCAACGUUGUAGUAUAUUACAGGUAUAUGAUAUACCUGUAUGAGUGUUUCAAGACUAAUAAGGAAAAAAAGUCCUGUAAAAUGUGUGACUAUGCUUCAUUUUAGAGAUACAGAAUUUUGAAAUUUGAAAAAAUCAAAUUUUCUAAAAUAUCUGCUGAUGUGGGACAUGGAGUGUUAACAAAUGGGCCAAGGAUUUACCUAAUUAAAGGUAAA